AUGUCCUAUCUUUCGACAUCCCAGAUACAAACUAAGAUCGAGGAACUUGAUAUACAACACAUCCAAAAGUUUACCAAGCGGGCAGAAUUGGAUAUUCCCGCACGUAAACCGAAUUUAUGGAAAGUUAACAUUCCUGAAAGCGAGAAACGUGAGAUAAAUGUAGGAAUCAUCAUCAACGAAAAGUUUGGAGGUCAGAAAUUGGACAGCGACCUAAAACCAUUGGACAAUACUUUACAGAACAACCCCUUAGUGAGCACAUUCACAUUAAUGUGCAGCUGCCCGUCACCAUUGCAGGUGUUUCGCGAGGGAUUACGCAAGGUACUGUAUUUUCCGUUAAAUAAUUUAUCUAUUGAUCAGAAAAAAAUCUCUAACAAAGUUUUAAAUUCUCAUCAAUCAAACAAAGCUUUAUAUCCUCAUCGAACUAUAGAAGAAGUAUUAAGAAACGCUACAAAUCACAUAUAUGGAGAAACUAUUAAUGCAUCCGAAAUUCCUGUUAUUAAUUGUAAUCCUUCGUUCAUUUUGCAUGCAUUACCGGACUUUUCGGUCUCUGACAAUAAUGGAUAUGGAGGCUAUAUCCAAGAAGAAUCGCUUUCCGUGCUAUUUGACAAGAUCUGUUCUUUAUUUGAGCUAUUUUGUAAAACUUAUGGAAUUUACUUAUCAUUAAAUGUUGGACACGAUUCUAAAAACUUGGGUUCUAUCCUCGAUUUGAAUCAAUACUUUACCAACGACCCUGAAAAUAACACCGUUAUGGCACCUAAAUUCAUUCGUGCAAUACUUAUUGCCCGAUUAUUCAUUUUAACCAAUUUAUUAGAGUUUCAUAAAAAUCAUGAAUCUCAUGAUCGCAAUUUUACACCAAAGCAAUGGCUUCUAAUGCAACUCUUGCCAAUACAAAUUAGUGGAGAAAACUUCUGGAUUCAAUUUUCGUGGAUUAAAUCUGAAAGAUCAGAAUAA